AUGAGCUUCAUUACUCGCGCUAUCAAGCCCGCCACCCGUCUGGCUGCCCGCCGCUUCUACGCUUCGGAGGCUGCAUCGUCCGGCAAGCUUAUUGUCAACUUUGCUCUGCCCCACGAGUCGGUUCUGAAGAACCACGAGGUCUCGCAGGUCGAUCUGUCCGCUGUCUCGGGUGACCUCGGUAUCCUUGCCGACCACGUCCCCACCAUUGAGCAGCUCAAGCCGGGUGUCAUUGACCUGAUCAGCGAGUCUGGAUCGCAGAAGUACUUUGUCAGCGGUGGUUUCGCCAUCAUGAACCCGAACUCGGUCCUCAACAUCAACGCCAUUGAGGCCUUCAAGCUCGAGGACAUCGAUGUCCAGGCUGUUGCGGCCAACCUCGCCGAGUCCCAGCGCCUGGCCUCGUCCGCCAAGGACGAGAUCACCAAGGAGGCUGCCGCCAUCGAGAUCGAGCUCUACGAGGCCCUCCAGGCUGCCGUCUCUGGCAAGGCCAAGUAA